CUUUUGGAAAGCCAGAUGCCAAGGUCUUACUCAUUCUUUAUUUAACUCAUUAUCAUUUGAUGAAGGAAGUUCAAAAUGAUGGGAAACCUACAAUACCUCUCUGUGCUUAUAGUGGCGGCCAUCUGUUGCUGUGAAGGCAAAGAAACAUUCAGCACCUCUAAAGCCCUGCAUGCCAUGUUUUUAAACCAUGAAUGGAUGAAUAAAAUAGAAGAUACUAGGCUCUUAUCGGCUGUUUCAAUCCCUGGCACACACCAAAGCAACAGGCACUCAAAAUCAUCACCGCCAACGUUUCAAGCAUGGGGACUGCACAAUCAACUGGAUGCAGGUGUGAGGUUUUUUGAUUUGCACGUAUCCUCUGGCACAAUCAAGCAUGACACGACUGGAAGCAUCAAGGAAAAAAGGACCCUUGUUUAUGCUCUGGAUACGUUUUUGACUUUUCUUGCAAAACAGAGGAAAGAGACACUGUUGCUUAGAGUGACUCCAGAUGAGGGCGCCGUUGCUGAAGUCACUGAGCUGUUAAGUAAAGAUAAGCCUGUGUGGAGAGACAGUGAGAUACCAACAAUGGGCCAGGCGAGAGGGAAGAUAGUCUUAAUUCAGAGUUCAACUUUAAAAUUGGGACUUUCUGUUCAAGUCACAGAAUUGGAUGCAGACAUGGACAAAAAGGAAUCGCAAAUGAGAGAAAAUAUCAAAUUGGCUUCACAGAACUGUGAGCGUGAGAUGAUGCUCACAUACACUGGGGCCAAAGGUGAAUCUGAAGACCCGCUAGAUAUUGCAGAAAAACUCAACCAACCCGUUGACAAAUACCUCCUGGAUCUAAAGGGGGACACAAGUAGACCACGUUGUGUUGGUAUAAUUGUCAUGGACUUCCCUGGUCCAAAAGUCAUUGAAACAAUUAUAAAUUUCAAUGGCAAAUUAGGAGACACGUCAAACAUAGCGGCUGACAUGGGUAGCAAUGAAGAUGUUGCUUUACCUGACUCUACUGACCAAAUUAGUGACAGUGAUGGGAAAGAAAAAGAAAAAGAAGUUUCCUCUGAUGGAAAACACUCUGCACAAGAUAAUGAACAUCUUCCUAAGGAAGAAUCUCACUCUUCAGAUGAGAAACAAAGUGCAGAAGACAGUGGACCUCCUCCACCUACACACCACAGCCUUCAGGCGAGGAACAUGGCGCAGAUGGCGGUGGAGCUCCCCCACCCGCAGACACACCACAGCCUUCAGGCGAGGAACAUGGCGCAGAUGGCGGUGGAGCUCCCCCACCCGCAGACACACCACAGCCUUCAGGCGAGGAACAUGGCGCAGAUGGCGGUGGAGCUCCCCCACCCGCAGACACACCACAGCCUUCAGGCGAGGAACAUGGCGCAGAUGGCGGUGGAGGUCCCCCACCCGCAGACACACCACAGCCUUCAGGCGAGGAACAUGGCGCAGAUGGCGGUGGAGGUCCCCCACCCGCAGACACACCACAGCCUUCAGGCGAGGAACAUGGCGCAGAUGGCGGUGGAGGUCCCCCACCCGCAGACACACCACAGCCUUCAGGCGAGGAACAUGGCGCAGAUGGCGGAGGAGCUCUUCCACCCGCAGACACACCACAGCCUUCAGAUGAGAAACCUCCUAUAG